AUGCAUCAAGUGCGCUCGCUGUCGACCCGCGUCAAGGCGCGCGUGGGAGUCAUCGGCCUGGGCCAAAUGGGCGGCCGCAUGGCCGACAACCUCCGCAAGCACGGCCACAAGCUCGUCGUGUGCGACCCCGUGCCCGCCAACGUGCAGAAGCAGGUGGACCAGGGCGGCGCCGUCGCCGCCGCCACGCCCGCCGAGGUGGCCGAGCAGUGCGACACCAUCGUCACCAUGCUGCCGUCCACGGCCAUUGUCGAGAGCGUCUACCUGGGCGACAGCGGCGUGCACGAGGCGCUGCGCGACGAGCACCUGCUGCUGGACUCGAGCACGAUCGACCCGAUCUUCACCAAGAAGCUGUCGACGGAGCUGCACGCGCGCGGCGCGACGUUCGUGGACGCGCCGGUGUCUGGCGGCGUGGCUGGCGCGCAGAACGGGACGCUGACGUUCAUGGUGGGCGGCGAGCCGGAGGAGUUCGAGCGCGUCAAGCCGCUGCUCAAGGCCAUGGGCAAGAACCUCGUGUACUGUGGACGAAGCGCUACGGGCCAGGUCGCCAAGUUGUGCAACAACCUAGCUGCAGCAAUUCAGCUCACGUCAGUCGCUGAAGCCACGAACUUGGGUGUGGCGUUGGGGAUCGACCCAAAGGUGUUGGCAAGCGUGCUGAACUCGUCAACCUCUCGCUGCUGGUCUUCUGUUGCGAAUCACCCAUACCCAGGCGUGAUGCCGAGCGUGCCCGCCUCGGACGGAUACGAAGGAGGCAUCGCCGUGCAGCUCAUGCGCAAAGACCUCGGCCUCGCUUCCUCUUGCGCGAUGCAGGCCGAAGUCUCGGUGCCUCUCACGAACUCCGUCCUGCAGCUGUUCAACAUGAUGGUGAACCAAGGCAACGGCCACAAGGACUUCGCCUACAUCCUCCCGUUCCUCCGAGGCGGCAACUCCAACCCAUAA